AUGGAGGAGGGGAAGAGUAGACACGCCUCUAAUGGAAUCCGAUUCCCCCCGAGCCCCAGAAUUGAGAUCCCAGGUGAUCUGAAGGAGAAGGAGUCUGUCACUAUAAGCUGCUCAGCUCCCACUCCCUGUCCACACUCCCCUCCUAAACUCACCUGGAAUCUCCAACAAGACCCGCACAACAACAGAGAGGAGAACACAGAUCAGACCUUCACAACUAAAAUCCAGAAGACCAUCACUCUGUCAGACACACAUGAUGGACUCACCAUCAGCUGUUCUGCCACAUAUCCUGUGAAUGAAGGAAGAGUCAAGACAGCAGAGAGAAAGACUCUCAGUGUCUCAUAUGCUCCCAAGAACACCUCAGUGUCCAUCAGUCCAUCAGGUUUGGUGUCAGCAGGUAGCUGGGUGAACCUGACCUGCUCCAGCAGAGCCAAGCCCCCCCCCAGCUUCAGCUGGUUCAAGAACAGCAAAGAUGGAGCCCUACGUGUAGCUGAAGGAGACUUUUACAGCUUCAAUGUGACCAGUGUGACAGAUGGAGUUUAUUACUGUGUGGCCACAAAUGAUCUCGGUAAUCAGACGUCAGAUAAUCCAGAGUUUGGGGUUGAUGUCUACGUUACAGUGAAGAUCCUGGGAAUCAUAACACUCUACAGUACACUCAUCAUCUUUGAGUGCUGGUUGAGAUCCCGGUGCUGCAACAAACCAGUGAAGGACGCAGGAGAAGAAGACUACGUCAACAGAGUGAUUGAGAUUCAAGCAACAUGAAGAAGAAGAAGACAUGAUCACCAUGAAUGGAAUAGUUCUCUCUUUCUUAUCCUUCCCAUUCUUAAAUAUUAAAUGGCUUUACUUUGCUGAAUAUUGGUACGAUGAACAAAGGACGGGGUACAAAGAGGACAGAAGAUGACAUAAAUAUAACGUACUGUAGCUUCAUUUUUAAUUUGUGCAAGAUUGUGCUGAUUUAUGGCAUUAUUAUAGUUAUUUUUCUUUGCUUCAGUUUUAAUUGCUUGUACAAAUAUAUCAUUAAGACAACAGAACAGUUAAA